AUGGAAAUGUGUGAGCGGAAUCCUUUAAAUCCCGGCUAUGUUGGUUCUUUGUUGAAUUUUGCUCCCCCUGAGUCGCUGUAUUUCCCCAACUUACGGGGUAAUGGAGCCCACAUACCCGGGCUUCAUCAGAUCCCUUACAACAGGAGAGAGGUGUGCACGCUCCCGUGGACUUCCUCAAGUUCGUGCACGUCUGGACCGGCAGCCGCACCACCACCACCACCACAGAGCAGCCGCGCCUUCGGAGGCUACUGUCCGCCGUUUCUGUCCAACUCUGUGUCUGUAAAUACGAACUCGUCCGGUGGCCACGCCAAGGCGCAUUUGGAGGAAUCUGCGCGCUGCUUUCAGGACACAAACCACAAGAGAGAGGAGUCUGGCAGGCAAGAUGAAGUUUACGCAGGGGAGCACGGGGCCGCCGGUGACCGCGGAUACUCAGACUUGAACCGGUCACACGGUUCUGCGGCCCAGCUCGGUCCGGAUUCAGCAGGUCCCCUUAAUGUGAAUGGCACCAAACAGGAACAGAAUCUAAAUCACCCAUCAUCUAGUAACACAUGCUCCAGGACGACUUUUGCAGAAGGUGCCCCAUGGUGCUCAUCACAAGUGAAAACCAGAAAGAAGAGAAAACCUUACUCGAAGCCACAGCUGGCUGAACUUGAGAAUGAAUUUAUGAUGAAUGAAUUUAUCAACAGACAGAAACGCAAAGAGUUAUCAGACAGACUGGACCUGAGCGACCAACAAGUGAAAAUCUGGUUUCAGAACCGGAGGAUGAAGAAGAAGCGGCUGAUGCUGCGGGAACAGGCUUUCUCUGCGUAUUGAUGACCUUUGGACUUGAUCAUGACCAAUAGCGGAUCAUUGACGGAGCUGAAUAAUGUGUGUUAAUAUGAUUGUUACGCAUCUCGUCCCUUCAGUUUGCGACACUGAUAGGCUAUUUAUAACUAUUUGUUAUAUAUUAUAUGUUACUAUUCUCAU